CUGGAGGAGGUGAGAGGUAUGAGGCGGCAUGCAGAGAGUAAUAAUCUUGUUCUCUGUACAGAACUGGUCAAACUCUGGCGUAGCGUGGCUACUAUGGCCGUCGAGAAUAAGAAGCCGAUAGACUCCAGCUGUACGAGCCGCUGUAUGCUGGUUAAAUAUCACGAAUGGUGGCAGAGACCAGCCAGACGCGUUAACGCACUCGAUCGCUGUAACCCACUCACGAUUGCCUGGCUGUACGACGACUGCCCGACCAACUCUAUUAGAGCUAGUCACGACUUUUGA